AUGUUUUUUAUGAAGUCAUGUGGAGAGUUUUGGGGGAGGACAUGGAACAUACAAGACAUAUUCACAUUGGCUGUGAUUUUGGCCUUGCAUUCUCUUUGUGCAUUUGUGCCCUUUCAUUUCAAUUGGCCCGCAUUUUGGGUGGCCGUCACUUUGUACGUUGUGACGGGUUUAGGACUCACGCUUUGCUACCAUAGAAGUCUUACCCACAGAGGUUUGAGGCUUCCAAAUGGCUCGAGUACCUCUUUGCCUAUUGUGGUGUUCUGUCACUUCAGUCCAAUUGAAUGGGUGAGUAACCAUCGGUACCACCAUCAGUUUACUGACACAGAGAAGGACCCUCACAGCCCCAUCCAGAGCUUAUGGCAUAGUCACAUCGGUUGGAUCUUUGAUACCCGUCGUCCUCGAUGUGAACGUGUUUACUAUAUGCUGUGGGUGGAUUUCCCUUCUUGGUCUGGGCAGUGGUGA